UUAACAUACCUUUCUUCUCAUAUAAACCUUUGUCUUUUUUCUCACCAAGUUUAGCAUAUCUUUUCCUCCUUAACGACCAAGGAAUCAAUCUACUUAUUAUAACAAACUUCCACACACAUAAUCCAUAGUUAUUAUAACUUGUGUUAUUUUCAAACUCAAGAAAAUAAUAAGCAGAACAAAAACAGAGAAGUGAAGUUAGAAAUUAUAAAGACAAAAAAAAUAUGGGAGCUGAUUGGGGACCAAUUAUUGUUGCGGUUGCUUUGUUCAUUCUCUUAUCACCUGGAUUGUUGUUUCAAUUUCCAUCAAGGUUUAGGUGUGUGGAAUUUGGAAACAUGAGCACUAGUGGAAUUUCAAUUUUGGUUCAUGCUAUCAUAUAUUUUUGUUUACUUACUAUUUUGAUUAUUGCAGUUGGUAUUCAUGUACACUUUAAUUGAAUUAAAAUUUACCUUCGUAGAUGUGACAAACAUGGUAUACGUAUGUUUUCUUUUUACUUAUAAUUUUUUGCUUUUUUUUGUGUUUUAAUUUCACUUUUAAGUUUCUUAUAUUGUCUCUCUUGGGAUGUUGUAUCAAAGUUGAUUUAUUGUUCAAAAUGAAAAUGGAAAUAUAUAUACAGGAAUUGUAUCUUUUGUUACUACAUAA